CCGGAUCCUGGUCCUGGGACCCAGUAUCAGCCUUCGGGCUGGUUUCCCUGCUUUAAAAGAGUUGGGCUCCCCAAGGGGGAAGGGAGGGAAGGUGCUCUGGGCCACACUUCUCCAGCUCCUUGGUUGGCGUCCUAAGAAUUGUCUAGCGCUUGGGGGAGUGGAAAAGGAAGAGAGUUCAGAAUAAGCAGGCCGAGGUGGGGGUGGGGUGGGGGCACUCGGCUCCUGCUGCCGUGCCUGCCUGUUUGCAUUUGCAGCCCUUGCCUCCUUUUAUUUGCGGCUUUGCCUGGACAGACUUUUGAGUUGCCUGUGCCAGUUACACCUUGUAGCUUGUGAUAUUUUCAGCAAGGCUUCAUUCAGGUCUGAAACGGAGAUCACGAGCCAAGCCAGCCACUAGCUGUAGUGGCCCCUUAGCAGGCCACCGUAGUAAGCGACCGAUUAGGAAAUAGUGCGUACAGACAUUGCAGUCCAAAGCUCAAAAGGCCACAGAAUGUCAGGGCUGGAAGAGACCCUGGAACUCAUCCAGGCCAGCGUCUUCCCUCUUACAGAUGAGGAAAAGAGUUCAGAUAACUUGCUGUCACAGGGCUGUUGUAAAGUGCAGCAGUGGAACACAGAUGAGCCUAUACCGAGAGAGGAUUUGUUGAAAGGCAUUUCCGGAGCACGUGGUCUGCUUUGCCUUUUGAGUGAUAAAAUAGACAAAAAAGUCCUGGAUGCUGCAGGAUCCAACCUUAAAGUAAUCAGCACACUGUCCGUGGGAGUUGACCAUCUUGAUCUGGUUGAAAUUAAAAAGCGGGGGAUCCGUGUGGGCUACACACCAGACGUCCUGACUGAUGCCACAGCAGAGCUUGCAGUCGCCUUACUCCUCACCACCUGUCGGCGGCUGCCCGAGGCCAUAGGGGAGGUGAAAAAUGGUGGUUGGACUUCAUGGAAGCCACUCUGGCUGUGUGGCUACGGGCUCACGAACAGCACAGUUGGAAUUAUUGGGCUGGGAAGGAUAGGCCAAGCUAUUGCCCGUCGUCUAAAACCAUUUGGUGUCCAGAGAUUUUUAUAUACUGGACGUCAACCCAAGCCUGAAGAGGCCGCUGAAUUCCAGGCAGAGUUUGUGCCAAUUCAUCAGCUGGCAGCCGAAUCAGACUUUGUUGUGGUGACUUGUGCUUUAACCUCUGAAACCAAGGGACUCUGCAACAAGGACUUCUUCCAGAAAAUGAAAAACACAGCUGUGUUCAUCAACAUAAGCAGGGGAGAUGUGGUGAACCAGGAAGACCUUUACCAGGCUUUGCUUAAUAACCAGAUUGGAGCUGCUGGGCUAGAUGUCACAACCCCUGAACCACUGCCCACAAGCCAUCCUCUCCUUUCACUGAAGAAUUGUGUGAUUCUACCACACGUGGGAAGUGCUACCCAUGGAACCCGAAAUACGAUGUCAGUGAUAGCAGCUAAUAACUUAUUGGCUGGCCUAAAGGACGAGCCAAUGCCAAGUGAAUUCAAACUAUGAAGAUUUUAAACAAGCAGAAACUCACAAUUGAGGAAGCAUUAAUAAAAUAAUAUUUUUUCACUUCUGCUAAACAGAAAGAAGUAUGUUACUUUUACCUAAAUGUUUCUGUUGUAAUUAAAGAGAACAAAUCCCCCACGUACAUACAGCUGACUCAAAACUACAUGAAAUGUACCGAGGAAUAACAUUUACUGUGUGAUUAUCCAAUAAUUUAGGAAACAAAGGUGUUGAUGUAUAUGACACUUUUCUUGAUGAAUGUAUCUAGUCUAAAUUGAAUUUCAACAAUUAAAAUGGCUUUCAAAUCA